UUCUUGUUGUUUACUUCCCCAAGCAACAAAUUAAAACAAACAAAUCCAAUCUUUUCUUUCAUCGCCUUUCUCUCUCUCUUUCAUAUUAAGCAACAAAUCCAAUCCCCUCAUCUAUCUAUAUUUAAUUCCAAAUUCAAUUAUUUGCUCACAAGAAUAGCCAUGGAGAUGUUUCAGAAAGCCAAGGUGGUUAGAUUGAAGAGCCACCUAGAGAAGUACUUGGUGGCGGACAACGAUCAAGAGCACACCCGGCAGAGCAGAAGAGGCGGCGCGUCACGGAACGCCCGGUGGCACGUCGAGCUCGUGGAGGGCAACAGCCACGUGGUUCGCCUCAAGAGCUGCCAUGGCCGCUACUUGACGGCUUCCGACGAGGCGUUUCUCCUCGGCAUGACCGGAAACAAGGUGCUCCUAACGGCGCCGGCAAACAUGAAGGAUUUGCGGAUUGAGUGGCAGCCCAUUAAGGAUGGGUUUCAGAUAAAAUUGAGAGCUUACGGCGGGACCUAUUUGAGGGGUAACGGCGGCACGCCGCCGUGGAGGAACUCCAUAACGCACGAUAACCCUACCACGGCUUCAACGCACAACUGGAUUUUAUGGGAUGUGGAGGCUGUCGAGGUGCCGGAAGAUGAACAAUUGUCGGAUUAUUUGACGCUAGUUUCAAGUUUUUCAUCACUCUCCGACGAACUUUCCAGCUUGGAUAUGGGUUCACCGGUGUCUAUGCGGUCAAGUUUUUCUCCAAGAAUUUUUAAGACUACCCCUUCGUUCAAUCUCCCAGCCAUGGAGAUGUUCCACCGAGCUAAGACGGUGCGGUUGAGGAGCCACCACGACAAGUACUUGACCGCCGAGGAAGACGAAGAGUCGGUGACCCAAGACCGUAACGGCAACGCCAAGAGCGCGCGGUGGACGGUGGAGUUCCCGGAGAACACCGACAACGCCGUCCGCCUUAAGAGCUGUUACGGCAAGUACUUGACGGCUUCCAACCAGCCGUUUCUGCUCGGCAUGACCGGCCGGAAAGUGCUGCAAACUUUGCCCCGCCGCCUUGAUUCCUCCGUCGAGUGGGAGCCGGUUAGGGAUGGGAAUCAGGUGAAGCUCAGAACAAGGUAUGGGCAGUUCUUGAGGGCCAACGGAGGCUUGCCGCCGUGGAGGAACUCUGUUACGCACGAUAUCCCUCAUCGGACGACGACGCAGGAAUGGAUUCUCUGGGAUGUUCAUGUUGUCGAUAUUCUUGUUCAAUCUCCUGUUCCUAAACCCCCGCCUCCUAUCGUCACUCACUCCGAUUCAUUUGCUUCGGAAUCGAAUUCGCCGUCAACAGCUUCAUCUAAAUCUCAGAGCUUUUCCGGCCAAGAGUCUGGGGAUUCUUUGGAUAAUGUAGCUAGAAUGGUUGGGGAUGGGAGGUUGAUUUUUUAUCGGGUUGCUGACGACUAUGGGGGGCUUGAUGGAGCGGAGGAGCGUUGCAUGCCAUUUAAGGGGAACGGAGUGGAGGAGUUGAAGAAGAGGUUGGAGGAAGAGACGGGGCUCGAGGGCGUUAUCGUUUGCACACGAAGCGUGUUGAAUGGGAAGCUUUAUCCCCUUCGGUUGGAUCUUCCUCCAAACAAUGCAGAUAUGGCUGUUGUCGUUGUCCCAUCCUCUUCUAGAGUGGCGGGAGACUUUGCAACAGCAAGAACGCCAUUAUAAAGCAACUGGCAUGAGGAUUAGAAGAUACCCAUUAUGUUCUUUGAUUCUUUUGGUUUUAUUUAGAGUGUGGUUAUCUAUGAAGUUUUGUAUAUAGACCUUCAAAGGUGAUAGAUAAAGAGUGAAACAUAGAUAUAGAUAUAGUACGGAGUAAAAUUUUUUUACUUUUUUUUUUCUUAGUUGAGAGGAUGAAUGUGAUAUAUUAUACGUUCAGAAUAAAUAAUGCGUGAAUGAGAAAUCAA